CUCUUCGGAGCCGGAGGACGGGGGUGGAGGGGUGGAGAAGCUGCGUGGAUGGGGUGGGAGCCCGCCUGGCGCGGUUUUUCUCGACCUGAGAGGCCGUCGCCUCCGGCGCUCCUUUCAUAGAGGAAAAUAACCCUCACUUCACUGUGAUUGGGGAAAAGGAAAGCAUCCAUUUUGACUUCUCUCAAGAUCCUGCUCUCACUGGGAGAAAAGCAGGAUGUGGCACGAAGCUCGAAAACAUGAGCGAAAGCUUCGGGGGAUGAUGGUGGAUUACAAAAAAAGAGCGGAACGCCGGAGAGAGUAUUACGAAAAGAUAAAAAAGGAUCCAGCCCAAUUCCUGCAGGUCCAUGGGCGCGCCUGCAAGGUGCACUUAGAUUCCGCCGUGGCUCUCGCCGCUGAAAGUCCUGUGAAUAUGAUGCCUUGGCAGGGGGAUACCAACAACAUGAUUGACCGGUUCGAUGUACGGGCGCACCUGGAUUACAUCCCCAUGUAUACUCCUCCCCUGCUGAAUCCAAUCACUCCCGAGCAGGAAUCUGACGAAAGGAAAUGCAACUAUGAAAGAUACAGGGGACUUGUCCAGAACGAUUUUGCUGGCAUCUCGGAAGAACAGUGCCUGUAUCAGAUCUACAUCGACGAGUUGUACGGAGGACUCCAGAAGCCCAACGAGGACGAAAAGAAGAAGUUGGCGGAGAAGAAAGCUUCCAUCGGCUACACCUACGAGGACAGCACAGUGGCCGAAUUUGAGAACCCGUCCGAGAAGCGAGCAGAGGAGGAGGAUUCUGAAGAAGACAGCAACACCGAUGAGGAUGAAGUGAUCCCCGAUAUUGAUGUUGAAGUUGACGUAGACGAGUUGAACCAAGACCAAGUGGCCGAUCUGAAUAAGCAGGCGACAACUUAUGGGAUGGCUGAAGGAGAUUUUGUCCGGAUGUUGCGGAAGGACAAAGAGGAGGCGGAAGCUAUCAAACACGCCAAAGCUCUGGAGGAAGAAAAGGCCAUGUAUUCGGGUCGUCGCUCCAGGCGGCAAAGGAGGGAAUUCCGAGAGAAGCGUUUGAAAGGAAGGAAGAUCAGCCCUCCGAGUUAUGCGCGGAGAGACAGUCCCACCUACGAUCCCUACAAACGAUCCCCCUCGGAAUCCAGCUCUGAGUCUCGUUCCCGCUCUCGCUCGCCUUCCCCCGGUCACGAAGAGAAGAUCACCUUCAUCACCAGCUUCGGGGGCAGCGACGAAGAAGCCGCUGCUUCUCAAGCCGCGGGAGCCCCUCGGAAAACGCCCCCCCUCAACAAGCCACGCUCCGGCCAAGCGCAGCAGGGCAGCGUUCCGGCAGGUCAUAGCGCCUCCUCCCGGCGACGCUCCACCUCCUCCUCCUCCUCCACCUCCUCCUCCUCUUCCUCGUCCACUUCCUCCUCCUCCACCUCGCAGUCCAGCUCGCGGUCCCACCGGACAAGCAGCUACCACAGGACCGGCGGUUACAGCCGCUCUCGCAGCCACAGGUAUUCCCGGUCCCACAGCAGGACCAGGCGGUACUCGGCGGGAGGCUCUCGAGAUGGGCGACGACACUCCAGGUCGCGGUCGACAGAGCGGGGCUGGCGUUACGGCUCUCGACGCAGAUCCAGGAGCCAUUCCCGGUCUGGGGACCAUUAUCGGUGGAGCAGUGGCAGAGGAGGGAGGCACUGGAGCAGCAGCCGCAGCAGCCAAAGUGAGAGUGAAUCGCGGAGCCGCAGCCGGUCAGUGUCUCCAGCCAGAGAGAAAAUGCUGAGGCCUGUGGCUUCGCCUGCUGUAGGGGAGAAACUGAAAAAGGCUGAAACUGCUGGUGGUAAAGAGACAGGAGCUGCCAAAGUCAGUAAGAAUUUAAACCUCACCUCUUUAAUUCCCACCACUGCAGAAAAACAAAAGACUCGGGGAAACCAUAGACAUGCAGGAAAAGGGUGCAUUGUGGGGGCCUUUGCAUGGUCAUGCUUGAUCGUUUCGUAUUUAGCGAAGGGUGGAGAUAGAACUGAACUGAAUAACCUGUGUUUGGAAGGGUCCAUAAAAUGCAAGCCUGUUUGCUAUCCGAAGAUCGUUAUGCAGCUUCCCUUGUCAUGUUCAACCCUACAUUUGCUUCAGGAACAAAAUAGGCCUCCUUGGUUGUUUCAUCCAAUCUUCAAAUAACAGAAUUAACAGAGUCGGAAGGUACUUUGGAGUCUUCUGCCGGGUUUCCCCCCAAAAUUAAGACCCUGUCUUAUAUUGGUUUUGGCUACCAAAAAAGGCAUCGGGUCAUAUUUUUGAGGGAUGUCAUCCACUGA